AUGUUCUGACAACAGAAUAAUAAAUUCUAGAAUGUUCUCAAAUGGAAGAAAGAUGAUUGAGGGAUGAAAGCAACACUUGGAGACCAGAGGUGAUGUAAAUCAAAAUGGGGUCCAUGCAGGCACCCUCAAUGGGGCUGCAUGUGGAUACAAGGCGAUCUGCAAAAAGUUCAGAUACAGAUAGUGAGAGUUAAAAGUAUAAAUAAGACAUUUACUAAAUAUGACAUCACCAUUUCAGUCGAAAUGCGGGUUGGAAAUCAUGAGAUUAAUCACACUUAUUUUAUUGUAUUGACAUCACUGUAAACCCAAAUUUUGUUUCUAAGUAAACUUACGAGAGAUCAUUACUUAUUAUUUUAUGUUUAGUAAAAACCUGCUAUCAUUACUAAACAACAUUAGUUGUUUGUAUUAUUUAGCUGAAAGAUUCAUUGCAGUUAUCAGGUUUAGCAGAGAACUUUUAACCGAGGCACAGGCCUCGGCAGCAGGCGGUAUUGAGUUAAUAGAGGUUUAGAUGUCGUUGAAUUAUUGUUUAAUUUGUAGUCACCCUAAUGGUGAUGAGUGUUGGCUUUAGUUGGGCUCUCCUUGACAUUUGAACAUUAGAUUUUAUGCCGGCUUUACCUGUGUUUAAAAGGCACACUUGUUACAGCAAAAAAGCCAAGAUUUAAUUGAUCCGAUGAUGACUGCAUAUUGAUGGUGUCAACAAUAAAGAUUAUAAGUCAUUAGCACCUCAUUUCAUCUAAAGUUUAAUCUCUUAUUGUCUGGACCUUCCAUGUGAUUGAUAAGAAAGCCCUGUGAUUUAUACAACAGGAAAGCCAACAGAAUUGUUAUAAUUUGAACAAUUGUUGAAAACAUUAUGCAGGAUUUUAUUUUAAAAAUGCCAUGUUAUUUUGUCACACAUAGACAGCAACAAUCAGCAUAUGAAUCUCAACAAUGGUGACACUUAUGAUCAACUAAUGAUUUUCAGUAAAGACUACAAAUGUAAACUUGAUUUGUGUACUGCACCCACUUAAGAUUAUAUAUUCAUACAACUCAACAUGUUUAGUUUCAGAUUGUGUAAAAACUAAAGUGGUAUGGGCAACGUGUUUCCACAUGAUUUGCGAGUCAACUAUUUAAUACUCUUAAUGGUGGAUACAACAAAAUAUAUUGACUUAGAUUAUAUAAAAUUGGAUAUAAUUUUGUGCAGAAGACAUAACAGGUUUAAGCAUUACGGUUUCUCAUAUGCUACUGAGAGAGCAUCACAGUUAUUUUAUGAUGUGUUCAAAACCAUGCCACCGAUGGCCAAAUAUAUUAUUGAAAUCAUAAUGUUGAAUUUGUACUGUUAGUGGUUGUAUCUGGUUUUCAUUUCUUGAGGCUUGAUUAACACAUUUGGAGAACAUCAUUUUAGGAAACAAGGCCACACUUCCUUUUCUGUCAGUUGUUCGUCAUGGUCUUAUAUUUAGAUAGUUUGUUCCUCAAUUUGACAAAAGAACUUCAUAGAGCUCGCCGAAGUCAGUCCAGAUUUUUAGAGAACAUUUGAACGAUUGGAGAGGAAAAUGAAGCUGAUUUUCUUUCUUCUUGUGCUUUUGAAGAACGGAAUGAAUCCAGCCAAGGGACUCCGUGCGCUUUAUUCAUCAGAGCAAAUUAUUUUAAAAUAUUCCUUUGACCCGAUUUUUAAUAGUUAUGAAAAAGUUUGCUGUAAAUUUGAUCAGUCGGUGUGCUCCACCUUUGUGAACAAUAGAGGACAAUUAUACAAUCACCUGAAUCUAGGAAGAAUAUUCAUCAACAAUUACAGUGGAGAAUUUGAAGUAAGAAUUACACACCUGAGUGUAAUGGAUGCUGGCAUGUACAGCUGUGGUUUCAGAGGGGUUUCUUGGUCCUUUGAAAGUGUUGAAGUUACAUUUUCUGAUCUCAGUGGAGUAACCUCAGCUCCUCUCUUGCCAAAAUUCUCCAUCAAGCCAGACGUCUGGCCCUCUUCUCCCUCUACAACCAUUGUUUCUGAGAACGACGCAGAGCAACUCAGCUGCAGAACAUCCAUCAUCCUACUUGCUGGUUUCAGUCUUAUGGUGUUUGCUGCCGUCUUAGCGAUUCUGCUUGUGUUCUUUCUAAAGAAUCGGAAGAAACAAUCCAAAGAUACAUCUGGAACUUGCAGUUCUCUCAACGCCAGUUUGGAAGUGACGUAUAUUCUGCAGAACAACAGAACAAUCCAUCUAAUGGAUUAUGCUACUACAAUUUUUGUCAUAUUACCCAGGUUCAGUAUAUCAACUUUCAGGGAGGAGUUGAAUAUCGAAUUCCUCAACAGCUUGUUAUGGAAUCUCAAGGCAACCAAAUUCAGAUGAAUCAUGGACAAAUCGCUCAAGACGAAUAUGAAAAUGAUGAUUCUGCAGAAACAUCAGGUUGAACGUAAAGCAAAUCACACCAAAAAGCAUGUUUAAGUCAUUUCUGUGUCAAUUUAUUGAUUUACAUUAUGUUCUCAAAAUCGCCAAACAUGUAUGACUUUUAACCAUUUUCCCAAUAAAGUUGUGUUAAUUUAAAUGUUCUGACAACAGAAUAAUAAAUUCUAGAAUGUUCUCAAAUGGAAGAAAGAUGAUUGAGGGAUGAAAGCAACACUUGGAGACCAGAGGUGAUGUAAAUCAAAAUGGGGUCCAUGCAGGCACCCUCAAUGGGGCUGCAUGUGGAUACAAGGCGAUCUGCAAAAAGUUCAGAUACAGAUAGUGAGAGUUAAAAGUAUAAAUAAGACAUUUACUAAAUAUGACAUCACCAUUUCAGUCGAAAUGCGGGUUGGAAAUCAUGAGAUUAAUCACACUUAUUUUAUUGUAUUGACAUCACUGUAAACCCAAAUUUUGUUUCUAAGUAAACUUACGAGAGAUCAUUACUUAUUAUU